AUUCGACGAAACAGCAGAUGAUAGAAUCAAUCGAAAGAAGAUGGAAGUCUGAAGCCAAUUUCGGACAGUUCGCACCGACUUUUCGGACAACACCGAGGCCGGUGGCUGCUCAGAGAAUGAGGAGGUGCGAGGGUGGCUAGGAGCUCUGCAGACGGACACUUUGAAACGCGAAAUGGCGGAUGGAGAGUUCGUUUUGGCCGCACUUUCGAUUCGGGCCGAAGAGGACUCUAAGCGGGCAGCGACGAAGGCCGCCUCUGGCGCACUCGAGACGACUGACGAUGACUGCUACCACAACACCCGCUUCAAGUUCCUUCCCCUGGAGGUGGUCACCAAGAUCCUCGAAAAGUGCGACUACCAAAUGAUCUUGUCGUGCGUCGAUGCCUUUUACGAGGCCAAAAUCGUAGACGCUGACCAUUUCUUCUGGAAGCGGAAAUUCAUGAUUCUCCUUCAUGAAUACGGAUUUCAAGUGGACGACUACAAAACCUGGUUCAACGAAGAUCUCGAUUUCAAGCAGGCGUGCUACCGACUGAGCAAGAUCUUUGAACCAAACGAUUUCUCGUUUGCGAAUUGCAGCAUGUGCAAACGCUUCACCUGUCUGCAAGGCUGUCUCGAGGACCAUUGCGUCAAAUGCGUGGUGGACUUGGGCAGCAAGCUGAGCUGGGUGAUGACACCGAGCAAUGAGCUCAAGCGUCACCAGACUAUCCUCAGCCUGCCGAGAGUGGUCAGGUGUUCUGAUUGCGACGCCCUGGUAACAAACACUUACUUCGCCGCGAGCUCGCCCUGCAAAUGCACCGAAGGACAACAGUACAAAUUUGAGGUAUAUAACUCGAUAGCUAGCUCAGUGGGUCGAGCAGGUCGCUUUGAGUACCGCAGCCAGGAUUUGGACUCUGGGGUGACGACGUGCUGCUUGUACUGCAAGCACCGCGUCUUCUUGGUCAGCUCGACAGGGCUGGAGUGCCACCUGAUGCGCGAGUGUCAUCAGGAGGACUCGACCGUGGGCGCUCGCCCCGCCCCGGAGGAGGUGGCCGAAAUUUGCAACGGCUUCUGCCUGGAUAGCGCGCAGCAAAUGAAGAUGCGCUGCAUGGACUUCGUCAGCCCUGAAUUGGCGCUUCGGCAGGGCGGCAGCAAACUGAACGUGACCAAGGCGUUCCUCAGGCACCUGAUCACACCCGCCGAUAAUCUGGAAGACAUUAGAAAGCCAAAUUACGUGCUUUUCUUCUGCGAGGCACUCAAUCUCGAUCCGGAGGUGCGCAGGCAGAUGCUGGAAUUUUUCUUCAUGGAAUUGAAACUUAGCAGGGUUUGCAUGGUGCCAAAGCCUUUGGCAGUGAGUACAGAACGCGGUCUGGAAACGUGCAUCGUGGUCGACUCUGGUGCCCUCAACACCGUCGUCGCCGUGGUCAUCAAAGGGAAAAUUGUCAUGGAGCGUUGCCGCGAGCUUCCCGUUGGAGGAAGACAGAUCGCUGAGUCCCUGCACAUGGCCCAUGCCUGUGAUGAUGCAAGUCAAGAGAUUCCAGUUAGCAGUUUGGACAGUGCGGAGGUGAAGGAGCAGUGUCGUCUGAGCUACAAUCUCGCGCAGGAAGAGCAAAGCGAGUGUACAGUCCGAUGCGAGUCAAUUUGGGUGCCUGCACCCAACCGCAAAAAUAUGCGAAUGAAAAGCUGGAAACCAAUUAAACUAGGGAACGAAAUCUACAGAGCACCUGAGUACAUGUAUGUCCAGCUGAAUUUGCCACAGGUCAUCGUCGACGUCACUAUUGGCCUGCCUGAGGAUAUUUUAAAGGAUUGCUUGAGUCACAUUGCAUUGACAGGAGGAAACACAAGCUUGAACGGAUUUGACAGUCGACUGAAGAGAGAUUUAUGCGAAUUGCUACCCAAGUACGAAGCCAUCAUUGAAACUGCAAGGGCUGUCGGCUCUAGGAGCUCUGACGCAGCAGUUGGCGCCACUUUCAUCCCUUUUCCUCUCAAGCACGAGCCAGUACCUCAGCAAGCAGAGCCAGGAAGCGCUUCGUGGAUCUCGAGGGAUGAGUUCAUAUUCUUUGGGGCCAACCUGCUGUGCUAGAAGCUCUCUAACAAAUCGGGAGGAAGAAGCAAAACCAGAAUCCUCCAGCACAACCGCUUGGCAUAAUUCUCUUGUUAAAAUGAUAACUCGAGUGACCUGAUGAAACUUAUAGGAAUUCGUUUCGAAAUCACAAAGAGGCGAUAUUUUCAAGCCGAAUGUUUGUUAAACGAAUGACUACGCACUGUGUAAGUUAGUAACUUAGCGAGACCGAUGGUGCGCAGCAAAUUGAUUACUGUUUAAGCAUUCAUGUCCUUCUCUUCUAACCUUGUAGCUGCAACUUAGAAGCUGGAAUCAAAAUUGGAACAUUUUUGAAACGUUUAGAGGGCGCCGCUCCACUCGGCGCGGCGCUGACUAUUAGACUUACCUGGUAGGCUUUAAUGGAAAACGUUUUCCAGCCCAAUAACCAAUCUAAUUAUUACUCAUUACGAUGGAUAAAAAACACUUAAACACACACACACACACUCACUCAUUACCUGCUAUACUGGAAGGGAUGAACAGACAAAACAGCAAGUAGGUGUCAACAGCAAAUAUUAUUGAGCACUACUAGCUGAAAUCGAAGGUAGAUUGGACGGAAUUUGUAGCGUUAAAAUCUUUAGUGACCUUUUUAAUGAUCGCUACUGCCAAGAGGCUGGAAAAUAACCAGUUUGAAGCCAGGAAAAGGGAGCGCUUCCCUAUUUAUCGUUUUUUCAAAAUACCCUGAAUCCAGUCUUAAGAAUGUAAGACGGACUUUAACUCUUGAUUAAAUAGAGAUUUAAUCUUUUAAUUUUUGCUAAACAACGUAAGUUUUGAUUCUAAACUUUUUAAUUUUCAUAAUAGACUCAGGUCAAAAGUCAAUUUCACCUCUUUAAGACUUUGAAAAUAUCAAUUCUAUUGGAUUAUUCAUGGUUGAUUUUUUUUAUAAGUUCAGGGCCAAAAUUCAGUUCGUAUCCAAUUUUUGUAAGCACUCAAUUGCUUAAGGUUGGAGGUCCUGUAUUACCUUUUUGCCAUACAUCCUGUGUACUACCUUUUUAAUCAGCCUGUUGGCUCGCAUUGUUAAGGCAUUCUCAGGAGUACCAAGGAAAUGGAGAUAUUCAAGCAUUUCUGGGAUCUAAUAUUAAAGCUGCCUAAUGUCAGUGAUGGCAAAAGGUGCUUUAUUGUUAGUAAAGUGACUCAAAUUGCUUAAAUAGCUCAACGGGCUGGGAGGCGCACCGGCGCCGACUCGCCACUUGCUGGUUUUCGCACCUCUCCAGCGGCUUAAUGGACAAAUGUCUGGCGUUUCAAUUAAAGACCUCGGUGCGUGGAGGCGAAAAGAUGGCCACAUUGGGCCCAAGCUCCUCUGCAACUACUCAGGCCCCGUGUUAUCCGCUCGGUGGUGAUAUUUGGACCUAGUGAGCUCGUUGCCCACGGGAUGUUCUGAGCAGAGGUUCUAAAACUAUAAAUAAAAAAUAAGGUGUAUCCAACCUUCAAGGUCCGAUUCUGACGUGACCUUGAGGGUCAAAAAACAAUAAAAUACCUAAAUAUUUGAGUUUGGUGUCAUUUAAUAGGUUUUUCGUUCCUGUGGAAUAAAUUUUAUGUCAAAAUUUAAAGGUUAUUCAUCUUGUUAAAUAUUUCCUUUAAAAUUAUGAUUUAUACAACACUAAACUAUAAAUUCGGACCCUAACAUUUCUGUCUUCAAAUUAUGUGUCGAUUCGAAAAUUCCGUCCAACUACCCUCGAAAUUGGCUUGAAUCAGCUCCAUUAUUAUUAUGUGAUCGUUGUAUAACGAAAUUAAUUUUUAGUUUUAGUGGGAGCUGUGAGUAGAUUUUUCUUUGGGUGCUGUUCAGGUACUCUUAAGUUGAGAAUCCGCAAAGGAUGACCGAACAGUCGCCUGCUGUUUAGUUGAUUUUUUUGUAUCAAUUAUUGCCUAUCGAUGAAGUACAAAGUGGAGUGAAAAGAAUUGGGAAGUAUCACACGAAAGCAACACCAAUUAAAACAAAGUUUUUGCGCGCCGCGAUUUCCCCUCCAAGCGGCGCGUCCUUAUUAUAUAAUUAUUAUCAUGCAAUUGUAUCUAAUACACAAAACACCCAAGCGUCAUUUAAUCUCGUAAUAAUUUCUGUUAUUAUUAUUUUACAUUUCUCCAACUGUGGCCAUUAAUGUUAGAUAUUCCUGGGUAUUGUACCGGACCAUGCACUGUGAAAAUGAGUUUUGAUACCGUGUGGGUUUCUAUGCCUUACGUUUUCCUUCCUAAAUCAUUUGACCUCUUUUAUUCUUGUGAUGAUUAAAUUUCCAACUCCUCUCUAACUUCAAAAUUUGAUGGAAAAUAUGAUUGAUAGCUGAUAACCUGCGUGAGCAGCUUAUGUGAGUCAAACGGAUUUGAUUGGGCGUUGUUGUGACAGUUUUUCAGUGAUGCUAAAAUUAUUACAAUGACUAUUUUUGGAGGUCUCAGCCAGCCAGCCCCCGUAAAUUUGGCAAAAAGUAAAAGGAGGAAAAAUUGGCCUCCAGUCCUUAAGGCCGGUCACUAAGCACUUCUAUAAAGUUUGUCUGCCGCGCUAGCCGCAGGCAUAAUUACGUAGCCUCUGCCUUAAAUUACGAAAUUACGCGGCUGAGACCUCUCGACUAUUUUAAAUUAAAUGUGCAAAAUUAAAUUUUCACUUAAAAUUGAAAAAAAACUGUCAUCACGCCUAAUUUUGUUAUUUUGAAAUUAUCUCUUUUGUUAUUUUUCGGUUUAAGAAAUGUAUGGAAUAUUUUAAAAUCGACUUUUGAUCUAGUGUUAAAUACAAACAGAUGCAUGCAAUUAUGACCUGCAUGCGUGCAGAUAUUUUUUAUCAGCGUUGACUGAAGUAAACAAAAGUACCCCCGCCCCCGAUUUAUAUUAAUAAUUAACCCUUACCCACCCUCUUUCAAAUAUCUUUGAAAACAAAUUAUAUCCAUGAUAAAUAUAAAUAUUUUGUGGUAUAAAUUCCUAACAUUUGCUUGAAUAAGGCAACGGAAAUGAAAAAAAAUAAUAAGCCAGCUGUAUGUCACGGUAUAUUUAGUUUUAUUAAUCGAUAUGAAUACGAAAUAAAUCUGUAGCUCUGUGUCACCUUUCUGUUCGCAAAAACUAAUAAAGGAAAAUUACAAAAUGAA